CGGGUGUUGUGAGGGAACCUGUCUCCUCAUUGGCUGCCUUUGUGUCCCAUCCCACAGACCACGGGUCAGCUGAUGUUUGUCUCAGUGUGAGGGAGGGUAAAGUCUGAUCCCGCACUCACUGAGGCACACUUCACGGUCACCCUGCUCACAGGUGAAGCUCGGCCGCCGGUUGUAUCAGCAUGAAGCUGUUGGCUGCUCUCCCCGUCUGCUGGCUGUUGGUCCUGACCUCUGCGCUGGACACCCCCCAACCGUGCUUUUCCCCAGAUCUCUUCGAAGGAAUGAUGACAGUUUUUCACCCGCGCCAGUUUGUGGGAGAAUACGGAACGUUCUCAUACGAUGCUGUUAACAAGAGGUUGUACUCCAAUUUUACCGUCUUCAGAGGGGGAAAACAGUGGCAACAGGUGGACAUCCUGCUUUUCCAGAAGUCAGUGAUGUAUCAGUACUUCACCAACAACCCAGACCUGCCUGAAGUCCCCGCUCCGGGCUCCGUUCAGGAGAUUUGUGUUCCCAAAACGCCACCUUCCUCGCCCAGACCUACAUCGGAAUGGCCUCCAUUCCCAACCAAGGGCUGCUGACCUAUACCUGGGGUUGCAAUUCUGGACGGAGUCAACUAUAUCAUGAACUUCCUGGAUUACAAGUGCAUUCCGCAGUACCGGGCCUACUACAGCUCCGAGGGGUGGGUUCUCCGAAUCGAAGUUAGAACCACACCUGAAUUGAGGGGAUCAGCUUCUAUACUCAAGCGCUUGAAGUGGAUUUGAACACGCGACGUGUCACUUCUGUGCUCGGACCCUCCUGCGGCUGAUUGCUGGUUCCUGCUCCGUGUGUGCAGUGCGUUGCUGCUGGGAUGUACUGUGGCAUUGCCAGCCGUGUCUGCCGGCAGAGGGAGAAGCAGCUCGGGGUGGGCAGGCACGAUCAGGCCUUCAAAUUCCUUGGGCAGGACUUUGAGUCUCUCCGGGAUGACUGCCUCAGCCGAGGCAUUCUGUUUGAGGAUGAGUACUUCCCACCUGGCCCCUCUGUCAUUGGAUUCAAGGAACUUGGACCCAACUCUUCGAAAACGGCCGGAAUCAGGUGGAAGAGACCCAGGGAGAUCUGUUCCGACCCCCAGUUUAUCCUGGAUGGAGCGACUCGGACGGACGUCUGCCAGGGAUCCUUGGGUGACUGCUGGCUACUGGCGGCCAUUGCCUCCCUGACCCUGAACGAGAAGGUCCUCCACCGAGUGGUGCCUCGUGGUCAGAGCUUCCAACAACAGUACUGUGGGAUCUUCCACUUCCAGUUCUGGCAGUUCGGUGAGUGGGUGGACGUGGUGGUGGACGACCGUCUCCCGGUGCAGAAUGGGAAGCUGGUCUUCCUGCACUCGGACGCCCGCAAUGAGUUCUGGAGCGCACUGCUGGAGAAAGCCUACGCCAAGGUGAACGGCUGCUACGAGGCGCUGUCGGGAGGCAGCACCUCGGAGGGUUUCGAGGACUUCACAGGAGGAGUGACCGAGAUGUACGACCUGCGCAAGUCGCCCGCCGACCUGUUCGGAAUCAUCCAGAAGGCACUGGAGCGCGGAUCGCUGCUGGGCUGCUCCAUCGAUAUCACCAGUAUGUUCGACUUGGAGGCCGUGACCUUCAAGAAGCUGGUCAAAGGUCACGCCUACUCACUGACCGCAGCCAAAGAGGUGCGGUACCGUGGAGGUCUGGUGAAGUUGGUGCGAGUCCGCAAUCCGUGGGGGAACGUGGAGUGGACGGGAGCGUGGAGUGACAAUUCCAGUGAAUGGAACCACAUCGAUCCAGCCCAGUGCAGGGAGAUGCAGGUGAAGCUCGAAGACGGAGAGUUCUGGAUGUCUUUUGCGGACUUCCAGAGGGAGUUCAGCCGGUUGGAGAUCUGUAACCUGACGGCAGAUGCACUGGACUCCAGCAAGAUGCACAAGUGGAGCACCUCGCUGUACGAGGGGGCGUGGAGGCGGGGAAGCACGGCCGGAGGCUGUAGGAACUACCCAGCCACGUUCUGGACCAACCCCCAGUUCAAGAUCGAGCUGCAGGAGGCGGACGACGAGCAGGGGGGGCACGAGCCCACCUGCAGCUUCCUGGUGGCUCUGAUGCAGAAGGACAGGCGGAAGCUGCGCAAGGCGGGCCAGGACAUGGAGACCAUCGGCUUCGCCAUCUACGAGGUCCCUGACGAGUACGUCGGACAUUCCGCCGUGCACCUGAAGCGCGAUUUCUUCCUGACUCAUGGCUCGCGGGCCCGCUCCGAGCUCUUCAUCAACCUCCGCGAGGUCAGCAGUCGCUUCAAGCUGCCGCCGGGAGAGUACAUCAUUGUCCCGUCCACCUUCGAGCCCAACAAGGAGAGCGACUUCUGCCUCAGGGUUUUCUCAGAGAAGCAGGCCCACUCGGAGGAGCUGGAUGACAUAAUCAGUGCUGACCUACGGGAAGAGGAGGAAGUUCCCGAGCACCAAAUCGAUGAAAAGUUCAAGAGCCUCUUCCGACAGCUGGCUGGGGAGGACAUGCAGGUCACCGUGAAGGAGCUGCAGACCAUCCUCAACCGUGUGGUGAGCAAACACAAGGACCUGAAGACGUCUGGCUUCAGUCUGGAUUCCUGCCGCUGCAUGGUCAACCUCAUGGAUCGAGAUGGAAACGCGAAACUUGGGCUGACAGAGUUCAACGUCCUGUGGAACAAGAUCUGCAAGUGGCUGGUUACUUUCCGGCAGUUCGACCUGGAUAAAUCUGGGACAAUGAAUGCCUAUGAGAUGAGGUUGGCUCUGGAAUCGGCAGGCUUUAAGCUGAACAACCAGCUGCACAACCUGCUGAUCACCCGCUAUGCCGAGCCUGACCUCUCCAUCAACUUUGACAACUUCAUCUGCUGCAUCAUCCGGCUGGAGACCAUGUACCGGUCCUUUGUGAACUUGGAUACGGAUCGUGAUGGGACUGUGACCUUCAACGUGUAUCAGUGGCUCACGUUGACCAUGUUUGUCUGAGCAGCUUCCAGCAAGACCUCCCGCCAGCGCCCGCCCCCCUGCUCCUCACCUCCCAGUGCCUUCGCAAUAGAAAUGAAGGAUGCGGACCCGAGGCUCCCUGGUGUCCCACUCGGUCCUACCGCCCCAUACCUCCCCGCCAGCCUGCACACCUCGGAGCUGUGUCCGGUUCAGUAACCUCGAGUGCCACAGGACGCCAGUUUAUGAUGACGUACGUGGAAUCUUUUUUAAUUUCUGAAGGGCUGCCGAUCUUUUUAAGGACAAAUAAAUAUCUAAUCAGAGCAGAGGAA